CCGUCAUCGUGCAAAUAGGAUCAUUCUUCUUGCUUGCAGGUUCUUGACGCCUCGGUCGCGAACGACAGGAAAAAGCAUUCGUCUCUCGAACGGAGAAUACACUUUUUUCUCUGAUCGUAGGAUCGUAGAUAGGAUCGAAACGUUUAUGAACAGUCGACGACGGUAGGAGGAACCCGUCGAUCUUUCUCUUUUUAAAGUAUUUGAAAAAGCGCGAGGAUAGGAGCUCCGAGGUCAUUCGCAUUCGCGACCGCUCGUGGAAGAAGCGGAGCGCGAGGGAGACGCGUGUUCCGAUCGGCGUCGGCGUCGGUCUCGGCGUCGGCGUCGUUGCCUCUCACCCGCGAGGGAGAGAGAGACGAAGCGCAGUGGUGGUCGUGGCGUCGCGUAAGCGCGUGACCGCCAUAUUGCCCGAACUCUCUCUCUCUCUCUUUUAGAUACGAGGAGAGCUCGACGUCGAGGAGGACGACGACGACGACAACGACGACGACGGCGACGGCGACGGCGACGACGACGACGACAAGGACGAAAACCUGGACUUUUCGAGUUAACGUAUUAUCCGGUCUAUCUCGAUGCCCUCUUGAAGAAUUUACCUACGCGAAGAGAGUGAAACGUGCUGGAAGAAAGAAGAAAAGCGGAAGAUACCGAGAAAGAUGCUGCGAGAGAACGAAAGAUAAAGUAGAAGGGCCGCAUCGUUGCAUUUUUCGUGUUCCUUCAUUCUUCAAACUCACGAGCACGUCGACCGCUUGGAUCUUGACGCCGAGUACUCGAAAAAAGAAAAGCGCAAAGAAUCGGCUAAAGAUGAUUUCCUGCCGCGACGAUGCGUAGCUGCGUGAUUGCCUGUUCGACGCAAAAUAAUAAGAAGUAAUAGUCGAAUUUCGUGAAGAAAAAGUGGUGAAAAAUCAAAAAUUUCGUUAUCCGAGAGAGAUAACUCCUAGAUCCUCUUCCGUGCGUCCUACAGCGUGACAGUGCCGCGAGCUCCUCUCUCCCUCUGGUCUCGACCUCUGCCAAUCAAUAACCAACAGACCGACUUGCUCGACGUCGCUCUACUAUUCUCCUUCUCCCUCCUUGCUAUCUUUUACACGCACCUCUCUCUCUCUCUCUCUCUCUCUCUCUCUCUUUCUCUCUCUAUCCACAAGCCACACGCAUGUUUUCCUUCGCUCCCCUAGGCAAACGGUACGCGUGGAAGUAAAGAAGACGGUGCCUGCAAAACAGUAAAACUAACUAGAGUUCGCAGAAGAAAAGACGGCACAGCGGAAGGAAGUAGCGACGACAAAGAGGAGAGAGAGAGAGAGAGAGAGUGAGAGAGUACGAGAGAGAAAGAUAGAAAGAGAAAAGUGGUGUCGCGAUAGGCCUAGCGCUUGGUCGUUCGCGCCAGCGCCCUGAGCGCCUCUUUCUACGACCACGGAAAACCUAUUUUUACUCUGUUAACGGAACGGAGAACUCGAGAAAGAGAGAGAAAGAAAGAAAGUGAGAGAGAAAGAGAGAGAGAGAAAGAGAGAGAGAGAGAGAACGAGGCACACGGUGUGCUUCACCACCCACGCUCACCUACCACGAAAAGAAGAGACCACUAGGCGGCACGAUCCGUCGCUCUGACAGAGGCCGACGGCACCGCCAUCGGCGACUCCCUGAACGCCUGGCCGCGCCUAUCGGACACGUAAACGUGUCGCGCGAAAUCUCUCUUCCGGCUGCUGCAUCAACGCGAUAUCUUUUAAUCGGCACCCUUCUUCGUGUUCCAAUCUAGUGUCUUUGUGAUAUCACAUACAUACUUCCUUUCGACUUGAGGUGAUAGAACGCUUUCUCUCUCUCUCUCUCUCUCUCUCUCUCUCUCCCUCUCCCUCUCCCUCUCUCUCUCCCUUGCUCUCUCUCUCUCUCUCUCUCUUCCUCUCUCUCACUCUCUCUCGCUAUACCUCUCUCUCCUAUUUCUCCUCAACUAUCUGUCUUCGAAGAAGGGGAGCGGAGAGCAAAGAUUCAGGUCCACGAUGGAAGAUAACGAAGAGAUUCGAAGUCGCGACGAGUCCGUUCGCGAGGUAUACCAUUGAAGAAAAAGAUUUCUCUCUCUGAAGAGAAAAGAGAAGAGAAGAAGAGAAUAAGAAAGAAUCAUGAUCGGUGUACGUGUCGAUUUGUUGUUGUUGUUGUUGUUUUCGAUGGUAGCAAUGGUGGACCUGUAUCGAGCCUGAACAAGACAACGGACGCGUGUUGCUCUUCCGGUAUCCGCGUGAGAAAGCUCAUCAACCCCUCUCUCCGUGCCAUACGAGAAAAGAAGAGCGAGCUGCCAUCGUCGCCUCCAUCGCCAAGAGCAUGCGGGCUUCGGGCGAGGCCCCACGACGAGCAGCCGGCCUGGCCGGUGGACCAGGAUAAGGAAUACCUCGACGGGACGUUACUCCGCUUAUCGCUACGGGAGUCAACCCACCAUCGCCUACGCUCUCUCUCUCUCUCUCUCUCUCUCUAUCUCUCUAUCUCUCUAUCUCUCUAUCUCUCUAUCUCUCUAUCUUUCUCUCUCUCUCUCUCUCUCUCUCUCUCUCUCUCUCUGUCUCUCUUUCUCUCUGCCCCUUAAAAGCACCUGCGCACUCGCUGCGCCCUACAUCCUUUAGGAUCUUAAGGACGCGGGAAGCGAGCUGGUCUCGCUCUCGCUCGCAUGGAAAAUGAUAGAGAUGUCGAGUGGAAUCGGUGCCAGCACAAUGGGAAUUGGCGUUAGCCACGGAACGGGAGGAAACGAAGGCGUAACGAGCAGUUGUCGUCUUCGAGCGCAAAGUCAGAGUCAGGCGUCGUCCUCGCAGCACGGCAAUCCGCAGCAAUCGUCUCAGCAGACGUCUCAGCAGUCGUCUCAGCAAUCGUCUCAGCAAUCGUCUCAGCAACAACAACAAUCGUCGCAGCAAUCGCAACAGCAGCAGCAGCAGCAGCAACAACAACAACAACAACAACAACAACAAACGCCGUCGUCGCAGCAAGCGCAGCAACGUCAGGGAGCUAGGUUCAUAGGCCGCUCGAAAAAGGACAACUGUUGCCUCUGCUGGUGCUGUUGCUGUAGUUGCUCUUUGGCGACGGUCGGCGGAAAUACGGUCGGUGCUGGCGGAACUGGCGACCAGAGUAAGAAGAAGGGCAACGUUGGUAUCGGCGGCGAACACGUGGGUGGCCUCGGUGGCGAUCACGGUGGCGUCACUGCCGGCAACGGACUGGACGGGCUCGACGGUCUGGACGGUCUCGACGCUUCUACGGAGUGCUGUAAUUUCGAGGAAGUCAGAUCUUGGGGCUCGUCUUUCGACAAGCUGAUGAGAAACGCGGCCGGUCGCAAGCUUUUCCGAGAGUUCCUUCGAAGCGAGUACAGCGAGGAAAACAUAGCAUUUUGGCUCGCCUGCGAGCAACUCAAGCGCGAGAGCAAUCCAGAGAAGAUCGAGGAGAAGGCUCGAUUCAUCUACGAGGAUUACAUAUCCAUACUCUCGCCGAAAGAAGUGAGUCUGGACUCGCGAGUACGCGAGAUCGUUAAUCGCAACAUGGUGGAACCAACGCCGCAUACCUUCGACGAAGCACAGUUGCAAAUCUACACGCUGAUGCACCGGGACUCCUAUCCUCGUUUCGUCAACAGCGAGAUUUAUCGACGAGUGGCGAAGCUGAACAGCGGGCCACCGAGUCCUACGAGCGGUUCCGAACAGGAGCACACCGGUGGAAAGUCGAAAGGCAAGAAAGGAACGACGUAAUCGCGAUCACGGCCGAUCAGCCGAUUGGACGUCGUACCCUUACCCAAAAGCGGAGAUACCAGCGAGAUCGUAGACUCCUCCUCUUCCUUCGGCUUCUUUCAAGGAGUUAGACGGAGAUGGAAGAAAUCCGAUCGAAAAUAAAGGGAGAAAGAGAGAGAGAGAGAGAGAGAGAGAGAAAGUGAAAGAGAAGGAGAGACCGUUCCUCGGAGUCGCUUCUUCGAAAGCCAUACGUUAAAAAAGAAAGAAGAAAUGAAAGCACGAGCGCGAAUUAGUAGCGAAUAAACGAACGAAGAGCCGUGCGAUCGUUCGGGGAUGACGACGUUGAUCUUUUCCGUCUUUUCUCUUUCGCUUCUCGAGGAUGCGCGAGAAUACGAAGACUCGCUGUCUUUCUCUCUCCUUGCGCCUCCUCCUCUUUCGCGGACGAUAGGCGCGCGUGGUCACUGCCUUGGAAACAUUGCGCAAUUACGAUAUACGUGUAUCUGUAUGUGUAUGUAUAUAUAUAUAUGUGUAUAUAUAUAUAUGUAUAGAUAUAUGUGUCGUCGAUGCCGAAGCGACGGAGUAUCGCUCGUCGCGAUACGUUUGGUAUUUACCAAGUUUCGUCGAAAGAAACGCUACAAAUUCUCGACUUGUCCGAGGGGAUGGCACUGUCGAACGACAUCCUUUCGAGAGUAUUCUCCGAUUCGAGUAUUAGUGAAGUACGGAAUGAAAUUGACGGAAUCGAGAAUGGAAAAGCCGAAAAAAGAUACGAGAGAAACGAGAGACGGAAAAGAGAGAAGAGAGGAGAAAGUAAAAAGGAGAAACGAAGAAAAGUAGGCACGAAAUGAGGAUAUAAAAGAACAAAUGAUCUCUUUUCGCGCUAUCGUCGCAGCCGAAUUUAUUCCAGUCUACUUUGCGAGAAGGAGAAGGAUCCAUCUUCGCGAUGGAUACUACUAGGCUAUUGCCCACGAGAUACGGAUCGAAGCGGAAACUUGUCAUCCAUUACCAAAACAAAUUCUAGUCAUUUUCGUUUAAGAAUCGUCAUGAGCGUAGAGACACAAAACGUACAAGAGUUCGUACGAGAUCUUGGGAUUAAAAGGAGAAGAAAAAAGAGAGGAAGAAGAAAGGCCUAAAACGCGACAAAAUUCUCUGAAUGCGCGCGAAUCGAUGCUUCAGACCCGAUCGAUCGCGACGCGCGCUCUUGUUCGCGGUGCGACGAAAAGAACGAGGAUGCAAAGGGCCGAAUAAGCAUAUAAGAAUACGCACGGUUCAAUCGAGACUCUAUGCAAAUUAUGUACCAAUAGUAUACGUACAUCUGCGUGCGUGCGUGCGUGCAAUCGUACGCGUGUAUACAUAUAUAUAUAUAUAUAUAUAUAUAUAUAUAUAUAUAUAUAUAUAUGUAUCUGUACAGAAUGUCUCGUUUGAAUUUAUUCGCGCGAACAUCGUUGGAAUUAUUACCAAAAGAUUCGAUAUACGUGGCGAUCGAGUAAAAUGGGGCAUAUUGUACACGUAUACGUAUGUGUGGGCAUAUAUAUAUAUAUAUAUAUAUAUAUAUAUAUAUAUAGCGUGGUUACGCAUACAGCCAUGUUUCAUCGUUCGCAAAACAAUCUCUUCGUAGAGACGAUUUCUUUAAAUAGGCUGUUCACGGACCACCGCGCGAACCGCAACUUUUUAAUUAGCUUCCUUUCGCAAGAAAAAACGUCCAUUUUCUAAGCAAAGGGAGAAUCGACGAGUCUACUCUUGCGAGCUUUUUCUAACGAUGAUUUUUCUAUCAAGCUUACCGAGAGAAGCUCCGUACGAUUCGUCAACGUUACGACGCUUCGUAUCAUUCCGUUUCUGUGAUGAUAACAAUGUGAACGGCUAGAUUUAAUGGCAUCGUUUCUAAUGGAAAAAGAAAAAAAGACAGACGCUCUCUAGUCGUAACGCGCGCUUCCGCGCGUAUAGAUAUAUAGACGCAUACACACGUACCUACAUACUUACUACACUUCAUACCUACCCAUUUAGCCUACCUACGUAAAUGCGUAAAUACAUAGGAAGGAAGAAAGGAAACGUCGUCCGUCGUACGAAAUCGAUGAGAAAUAAGAGAGAGAGAGAGAGAGAGAGAAAAGAGAAGGCGCGCAGCGACGCACACGCGCGCCUCUCACAGUCGGUCGCAGUGUUUGACUACUGCCCUGUAGAUAAUAUCGUAGAUAGGUACAAUGAUUAUAUCAUAAACGAGACGAACGAACGAUUAUAAACGCGUACGCGCAAGUGCAGGGUGCGAAUCGGAAGACGCAUGCGAACAAUCUUUUUAAUUCUCGAUAUACAAAGACGUAUACAUUCAUAAGCAUGUAUCUCUUCGGAGCGAGAAAUAGUCCGAGACGAAUGACACGGAUUUUCUCGCGAGAGGGAAAGUAAGAAUCGUGAGAAGACGCAAAGUUUUCCAUCGUUUGUUCCCAUCUUCCUUUCCUCGGUGCUCGUCCAUGUGCUCCUCAAGGUGCUCCUCAAGGUGCUCGUUAAAGAAGAAAAUUGAGAUACGCGAAGAUACGCUUACGAGAAGAAGAAAUAGAUAUAUUUAUGGUCGGUCGAUGUUGAAAGGGAAAAGAUACGUAUUAAUCUUUUGGAAAAUUUUGAGUAAUUUUUUUUCUUUACGACGUAUACGCUCGCAAAGAAGUCUUUUCCGUUCCAGGAUCAGUUUUCCUUAACGCAUGUAGUUGGUCGAACAGCGUAACGAAUCGCGUAAUUAACGACGUUGGUUUCAAAGAGGAAAAGAGCGAAACGUUUCGACCCCAUCUUCGUCUUCUCACUAAUAAACGCACAAAUUUUCUCAACCCUCGUUCCUUUGCUUCUUUUUUCUCCGCGCGGUCUUUUCCAUUUUCGAGAUAGAUAGAUAGAUAGACAGAGAGAGAGAGAGAGAGAGAGAGGGAGAGAGAGGGAGAGAGAGAGAGACAGUGCGUUUGCGAAUUGCUCUCGACCGACUCAUAGCCACUCCGUUUGAUUCUCAGGUCCGCAUUCGUUCUUAAUAAAUAAGCACGUCGUGGUGUAUCGAAAAAUAUCGCUAAUGACUUUUCUACGAGAGGUAGCUGCAAAGAUCUGCGACGAUACCCGAUCUUCUUCUUCUUCCGCAUAUUCUUCUCCGUUUCCUUGUUCCUCGAUAUAUAUUUCAACGUUCCAACGUGAACCACUUUUGGGACCAUUGUUCUACACAAUACAUAAAAACAUACAAAGACGCGCGAUACUAUCGGAAUUGAAAAAUAAAUCAAAGAUGACGAUGACGAAGAACGUCGCGCGUUAAAAGCUCGUCGUUACGUUAAGCAGCAAUAACGUUCGCGAAGCAAAUGAGAAAGCUUUGCAAGGCGAAAGGAUAUUUGAAAAUUUCCCAUUUCUUUCUUUCGUUCGUGCUAUCUGUCACAUUGUCACCUUAUGUACGUUUGAAAUAAAACUUUUCGAAUAUCGUGUUUUCAAGUGGCCAGAUCCUACCAACUCAUUCGCCUCUCUUGCUUUCUUUCUUUCCGUCUAUCGUUCGUUUGCUCGUCGAGUUUGCAGCUACCUGUCAUAAUUGUACGUAUGUAGGUACAUACGUUCAUCGUACUUAACACGUAAAUCGAAUGGUCAAAGAAAAGAAAAGUAGCUCGUCAGAGAUCGCACGUCAACGUCCUUAGUCCCGUAAUUUCAUCGUAUCGUCCUAAGGACUCUGACCGUACGUCCUUCGAAAUUACGCCUUUUCCACGAUUACCGUACAAUUAAGAGUUUAUAUCGCACGAUCAUCGUUCAUCGUUCGAUUUCGGACAACACACACGUACACAUAUACAUACAUACACACACACACACACACAUAUAUACGUACGUACGUAUGUAUAGAAUCGAAAGAAGACGAGUUUGCACGUAUCAAAGUUUACGUACGUACGAAUUCGUCGAAGAAACGUCCUUCGAACAGGCGGUCAAAUGAUAAACACACGCGCGCGCGCGCGCACACACACACAUAUGCGGCGCGUCACCGACUCGCGUAUCGUAAGGUUCAUUCGCACUUGUGCAAAAUAAUAUUCCUUGAUAUUGUAUAUACGCGUACACACACAUACAUACACACAAACAGAGGGUUCGAUCGCGUCUAUUACAUCGAACACUCUGUAUAUCUCUUUAGUGUACAACUAACGUAACCCUGCGUCACUGAUGUUGGCGGUAUACGGGUACACGUGGGACCGUUUGAAAAAAAAACAAGAAAAACAAAACAAAAAUUAAAUGAAAGAAAGCGGCCGCACAAUUUUCCAAGUGAGAAUAGAAUAAAAAUAAAAGUCAAACAAAAGAUGAAAUAUAUAAGAACGAAAAGGUGUAAAAAAUUGGCGUUGCUUUGCCAAUCGGAGACGUCGAGGGUUGGAUUUACGUAAUCGUUCCGAGUAAAUUGACGAUGAGAGAGUAUUCCACGAAUGACAGAGAGAGAGGGGGGGGGAGGAUGAAGAGGGAGGGGAAUAUUAUCGAUCGUGGAACGAAACGCGAUGAUUCACAGAGCGAACGAGUCGUUCGUUCGAGGACGUUGCCUCGCGGUAUUCCUCGCGUCGAGCGUCUUGUCGUUUCUUUGUUCGUCUCGAAUGGUCCAUCGUCGAUUUUCAACCCUUCGCAGCUCGUUCUCUCUCUCUUUUCGAUCGUGAAAACGCUGUUUGCUAAUCGUAAAAUAAUAAAGCCACCGAAAAAGGUAGCAUUUUUACAUUAGUACCUGGUAGAAACAUCGGGAUUCGAUGGAAUCUCGUGUCGAAGGUACGCAGCAACUCGAAAAGGUUAAAGAUUCGACAGCUCGGUCGCGCAUGCACCUAUGACAGUAUGAAAACGAACAACGCAUUUAUUUAUAAAACAUUGUAAAGGCACAAAAAUUUUAUCAUUAAAGGCGCUUCGACUCGA